UUAAUGUUGCAUGCUCCUGAGUGCUAGCCGAAAAUACUUUGGCGGCUUACAGACAUAUUUAAUUCAUUGAAAACGUGCAAAGUUGUUGUUUUGACUGCCAGGGAAGAUGCAUACUAUCAUCACUGGAGACGAUUUGUGGCUAACACAGCUAGCUAGCUAAAUUAUUGCUCUUGUGUUGUCUCUUCUGGAUUGUGACUGGAGAAAACAGACAUAAAGAUGCCUCAGUCAGCGGCUAUCAUCAGUGGGAUCCAGAGGAUGGUUCUGUAUGAAACCAGAGCUAGGUAUUUUUUGGUGGGGAGCAAUCAGGCACAAACCAAACAUCGAGUCCUGAAGAUUGACCGCACAGAACCCAAGGACCUGGUCAUAAUUGAUGAUAAGCAUGUGUACAACCAGCAAGAGGUUCGGGAAUUGCUGGGCCGCCUUGACCUGGGCAACCGCACCAAAAUUGGCCAAAAGGGUUCCUCAGGUCUGUCCAGGGCUGUUUCAGCCUUUGGGAUUGUCGGGUUUGUACGUUUCCUGGAGGGGUACUACAUUGUGUUGAUCACCAAGCGCAGAAAAAUGGCUGACAUCGGUGGCCACUCCAUCUAUAAAAUUGAAGACACCAGCAUGAUCUACAUCCCCAAUGACUCGGUCAGGGUUACACACCCCGAUGAAGCAAGGUAUGUGCGGAUCUUUCAGAACGUGGACCUCUCCAGCAACUUCUACUUCAGCUACAGCUAUGACCUGAGCCACUCGUUGCAGUACAACCUGACUUUGCUGCAGAGGCCUUAUGAACUGUGGUCGUCAGCAGCUUCCUCCACUGAGGAAGAGGUACACACGCAGAGCAAGCAGGACAGUUUUGACAUCUUUGAAGAUGAGGGUUUGCCUACACAAGUUGUUUACGGCCUCCAGAAUGAGCCCUACUACAAGUACGUGUGGAACGGGAGGCUGCUGGAACGAGUCAAGGACAUAGUGCAUCAUGACUGGCUCAUGUAUAUAAUCCAUGGCUUUUGUGGCCAGUCCAAGCUUCUCAUCUAUGGCCGACCAGUUCACAUCACUCUCAUUGCCAGGAGAUCCAGCAAAUUCGCCGGGACCCGCUUCCUCAAAAGAGGAGCCAACUGUGAGGGGGAUGUUGCUAAUGAAGUAGAGACAGAGCAGAUCGUCCAUGACGCCUCAGUUAUGUCUUUCACAGCUGGAAGUUACUCCUCAUACGUCCAAGUGCGAGGUUCAGUCCCGCUCUACUGGUCCCAGGACAUUUCCACCAUGAUGCCAAAACCCCCCAUACGACUGGAUCAAGCUGACCCAUACGCCCAUGUAGCUGCCCUCCAUUUUGACCAGAUGCUACAGCGGUUUGGCUCCCCUAUUAUCAUCCUCAACCUGGUCAAGAAACGGGAAAAAAGGAAACAUGAGAAGAUCCUGAGUGAAGAGCUCUACCCAGCUGUGAUCAACCUAAAUCAGUUCCUCCCUCCAGACCACUGGAUCGACUACAUUGCCUGGGACAUGGCCCGCUACACCAAGAGUAAGUUGUGCAACGUUCUGGACCGUCUGAGUAUGAUCGCGGAGAACGUGGUCAAGAGAACAGGCUUCUUCAUUAAUCGAUCCAACUUCUACUGUCAUACCCUCAGACCGGAUGACAGGUGGGGAGAUGUAGGUGGACACAUCACAGGCAGUGGACGAGUGCAGACUGGUGUGUUGCGGACCAACUGUGUGGACUGUCUGGACCGAACCAAUACUGCCCAGUUCAUGGUGGGGAAGUGUGCACUGGCCUAUCAGCUUUAUGCGCUCGGAAUGAUUGACAAGCCGAAACUGCAGUUUGAUACUGACUGUGUGAGGUUGUUUGAAGAGCUGUACGAGGACCAUGGAGACACUCUGUCUCUGCAGUAUGGCGGCUCCCAGCUGGUCCAUAGGGUCAAGACCUACCGCAAGAUCGCCCCCUGGACUCAGCACUCCAAAGACAUCAUGCAGACCCUAUCUCGCUACUACAGCAAUGCUUUCUCAGAUGCCGACAGACAGGAUGCCAUCAACCUGUUUCUCCAAGUCUACCAGCCAUCAGAGUCCAAGCCGCACCUAUGGGAGCUGCCCACUGACUUCUACCUGCAUCAGAAGAGCACUAUGGCCCUCCCCCAAGACAGACGCAGCUACACACUGUGGUGGUCAGAGGGAAUCCUGUCUUAUCUUCCUGUUCCCUAUGAUGAAGUCCCCUGCGAGGACAACAUGAAGAAAGUCGAAGUGAAAAGAGUGAGCCGUUUUGAUGAGAGUACCGACCUCUACACAGAAUUCUUCAAACCUUAUGAAAUCACCUCCUUUGAUGACACGUUCUGCAUCGCCAUGACCAACUCCGCAAGGGAAUUUAUGCCCAAGACUGUAGGGGUGGAUCCAAGCCCAUUCACAGUUCGUAAGCCAGAGGAAACAGGGAAAUCAGUGCUGGGCAACAAGAGCAAUAAGGAGGAGACACUGCUCCAGAGGAAGACUGCUGCCAGUGCACCUCCUCCCCCGAGUGAAGAGGCCAUCUCCAGCACAUCAGAGGACGACUCCGAGGAAGACCGUGACGAUGACGGAUCUGUGUCCCAGCGCUCCACCCCGAUCAAACUGCUAACAGAGUCUGGAGAGAGCACUCGUACACAGGAGGAGCAGCAGCAGCAGACCGUGAAGGAGCCCUAUGGACUCAAUCUGGCCAAGUUUCCUGCUGAAAAAGACCUGCUCAUUUACCAAAGGUUUGCACAUCUGGGUGAGAGCCAGCACAAAGUGGAGAGAACUGAACACAUAAACCUGACAAACAUCAUCUGUUUAGAGCCAGUGUCCUGCUUUGCAGAGGACAGCAUCUACGCCGUUUCUCCUCCGCAUGCAGACAGAGAUAGCCGAGAUGUGUUUGAGAGCCACGUGAUGACAGGUCAGGGCCAGGUGAGGGCGCUGUGCAGGGACGACAUGUUGAUGUACAGGGAGUACGUCAAGAACAGGUACAUGUGAGACACAGCUGACAUGAACCAGAUCUCUAUUACCAUCAUGCGUGUCUAGGAUGAUCAGCUGUAGUCCAACACGACAUUCCUACUUUAAGACUCUGAAGGUUAUGGAUUCAAGUUUUUUCUUUGUAACUACAGGACAGAGCAAAUAGAUAGUGUCUUGCCUAAAAAUCCAUUUUGCUUCAUCUACCCACCUCUUCAAAUGUUUCUUAUUUCUGCCUUAUUUCUGGAGAAGACUAUCCAUAAUGAAGAUAAUGGUUCAUAAGCAACCCACGUAUCCUGUACUUGGACUAAACUAAAUGGGUUGAUUUUAUUUUUUUAUUUUUUAUUUUUUUUUGUAAUUAAUCAAAGUCCUUUGUGUGUUUUAGUAGCUUCAAAUCUAAUCAGUUUUUUACUCAUUCAGACUUGCCUUAACAGGCUGCCUUUAUGGUUCUUUUUAUUUUUUGUUUGUUAUUUUCCAUCAAUUUAAAUUUUUAAUUGCAAAUCUUUUUAAAAAGUUUAUUUAACUAUAUAUGUACAGUAUAUUUCAAAAAUGUUAAUUGUUUUUGACCCAAAUGUUUGGAACCAUUAGUCAGAUUGAAGGUCCAAAGAUUGUAAUGACUACUUCUCUAAAAUCCACCUCAGAUGUGAGUUUUGAUUGUCCUUUUAUUCAUUUUGUUAAAUCCGUUUCAUGUCAUUUGAGCCUUUAAAAUCUGUUUAAAAAAGUCUUGACAUGAAUACAUGUUUGCUUGUAUAUUAAUUGGUCAGAAACAGUGCUAAACAGUGCUGAACAGUGUUACAAAAUGCAAGUCGUACAUGUACUGUCGAUCCACGUCCAGGUCUUUUUUUUUUUUUUAAGAUCAUUCACUUUUCUGAUCAUAUUUUGAGGAGUGCACUGCACGCUUUGAUUAAAACCUGGAUUUUUAAACCUGA